AGGAACAUAAAAACAUGCAGCCGAACUCCGGCGAGUAAACAAACUAGCGUUGUUAGAGUAGAUCUUGGAUUCGAUGGGUAGUGUGAUUACUUGAGAGAGAUGAAGCGGUUUUCCUUUCCCAGCUAUUUGAUGCUGCAGUUUCUUGCUUGCGGGGGCCUGUUUGUGCUACUUUUUCGGGCGACCUUGUGCUAUAAACCUGUGGUCAUCAUUCACGGUUUGUUCGACAGCCCCAGUGAUUUUCAAAACCUUCUCCACUACAUCAACGAGACUCAUCCUGGUACCAAUGUCACAGUCGUUGACUUGUUUGAUCACACCUAUAGUCUAGAACCUAUGUGGAAGCAAGUGGAAGGCUUUAAGAAUGCCAUUUAUCCCAUCAUGCAGAAUGCUGCAGAUGGUGUGCACCUCAUUUGUUAUUCUCAAGGAGGCCUUGUAUGCCGUGGAAUUCUUUCAGUUCUGCCAGAUCACAAUGUGGAUACCUUUAUCUCUCUUUCUUCACCACAGGCUGGUCAGUAUGGAGAUACAAGCUACCUGAAGUAUGUAUUCCCAAAGUAUAUCAAGACAAAUCUGUACCAUCUCUGUUACACUAGUAUUGGUCAGGAUGUUUCCAUCUGUAAUUAUUGGAAUGAUCCACAUCACCAUGAUAUGUACCUGAACAGCAGCAAGUUUUUGGCAAUACUUAACAAUGAAAACACAAAUCCAAAUGCAACAGCUUGGAAAAAUAACUUCUUAAGAAUUAAGAAGUUUGUUUUAAUUGGAGGACCUGAUGAUGGAGUCAUUAUGCCUUGGCAGUCAAGUCACUUUGGAUUCUAUGAUGAGAAUGAAACCGUGAUUGAAAUGAAAGAUCAGAUGACCUAUUUGACGGAUUCAUUUGGUCUCAAGACUUUGGAUGCCCGAGGAGACCUGGUGCAGUACUCAGUGAGUGGCAUUCAUCACACCAUGUGGCACUCCAACCAGACUGUCUUCAGAGAUUGUAUUGCUAAGUGGCUGACGUAGGUGUCUGUACUAGCAAGUCACACAAAAAGGCAAUCUCAAUGCAUAUGGCUUUUUAAAUUACCUAAUAAGCUCUUUUAACUUUUUUUAAUUCAAAAAAGUAGGUAUGGACACAUUAUAGGGGACAUUGUCAAAGUAUGUUUUUACUGAGUAAUUCAAAAAGCCUUGGGUUAUCAGAAAAUACUAUUAAUGAGAACUGAUCUUGUAAUGGGGAUUUCUUCAUUUUGCUCAUUCUUCUUCAGAUUUUGGUUUUAUACCAGUCAGUAUAUUAAAAAACUGAACGUUGUCCAUUCUCCAAGCAUCUUGUAGAUGUUUGUUAGUGGCAAGUGGGUUCUCCAGAAAUAUUUAAGACUGAUUCAAAAGGUUUUGAGACCUAAAUUUUGCUUUGAAAUAAUCGGUGCCCAGAAACGCACCAAAUAUGCCUCAUACACUGUGCAAUACACUGUCCACUUUGUUUGUGGUCAGUUUGAAACCAAAACAGGAUGAUAACUGAGAGUGUAUGUUACCUAUCAUGCUUCAUCGUCCUUCUUUUUUUUUUUUUUCUUUUCUUGAUUAGCAGUGUUUAUAUGUUAUAUUCAUGUGUUUCAAACAGCAAGUGCAUAUUUUUCCUAUUUUUCUAGAUUUAUUUUUAUAUAUUUUAAAAUGAGAUUACAGAUUUUCCUGCAUGUCAAUGUUAAGUUGUAAUGUUUAAUCACCAAUCAGUGACGUUAUUGGUGUAUUCUGAGAUAAUUUGUUAGAUAGCCGAUGAAGAAUCUGUUUCCUAAAAAAAGCCCACUGAGUGGCAUGUAAUGCUUUUGUGUGAUUGAGAAUUCAUACUUUUUUAGACAAGUGGAGGAUUUCAUGAAGCUCAAAAAUCCACUGUAAUCCAUUUUAAUGCUGACUCUUUUUCAUAUGUCUAUCGGUAUGUCUAACGGUAUGCAGCAAGAAUAAUUUAGGCAGAUUUACUGUUCAUUUUUUUAACUCUGCAUAAAAAUCAUUUAAGAUUAUCUUAAAACCAAAAUGAUCCCUUUAUCAUCUAUAUUGUUUUUCUUUCAGUUCUGUUUAAAAUUACAGUUCAUCUGCAAGUUUUCUAACUCUGAACUAUAUAUGUAGUAUUAGCCAGCCCGCUUACAAACUAAAGAGUGACACCUCUUCAUCCUUUUGUAUUCCAUCUUAAAAGUUUAAUUAAACGACAGACCAAUAUGAAAUUGCUUUAUAAUGUGCUUUGAGGGCUGUAUCAUCCCUUGUGGGGAAAUCCAGGACUUAAAUUAGGUCAAAAACACAGUAUUUUUAUAUAAAUGUACCUAAAGCUACUCCUUAGUUUAUUAUACAGUAUAAUAGAAAAUAAAAGUAUCCAUCCAUUUAUUGAACACAAUUAAUCAAACUUAAAGGGAACAGAGGACUUUAUUGCAGUGACGUCUGAUGCAAGGCCCACAAGAAGGCACUUGUCUAUCACUGAACAUGAAAUAGAAAGGAUUAAGCACAAGAUCAAAGGAUGACAAAGUGCCCUGUAAUUGCUGCAGACAGCCUCAGAAAGGAAUUUUUAUUUUUUCUGGGAUGGUAACCCUUGCUCUGUCAUACUUCUUUUUAUUUUCUCUUAGCAUAGUUUUUUUUUUUAAAUGAAUAUUAACAUGACUUUAUAUUAUUUUGGAAAAUACAGAAUCAUAAUUUGCCAAGUAUGAUAAUUAUAAUUUGAAUGUAUGUCUCAAGUUAAAUACAUGAAAAUCAGUCUGUCUUAAAUCAGUUAUUUCAAUGCAAUAAAAAGUAAGGGUGACACGGUGGUAGCGCUGCUGCCUUGCAGUAAGGAGACCUGUGUUCACAUCCCGGGCCGUCCCAGCGCAGAGUUACUUGUCCUCAUUGUGUCUGUGUGGGUUUUCUCAUAGUGCUCCAUUUUUCUCCCACAGUCAAAAGAUAUGAAAGUUAGGUGGA